UUUUAGAGGCAAUUAUGCAUGUGAUUACAUUAUUUUACCAUUGUUAUCAAAACAGUACAAUUAUAAUGCAAUCUAACAUGGGGGCAGUCUUUGUGUAGGAUUUGUGUAUUUUAGUUUAUAAAGUUUGUAUUCAUCUUUUGUGCACAAACUCUGAUACUAGGUCAUUAAUUUGAAUUGUUUACACCAAUUUUGUAUUUUAGUAGAGAAUUCAUGUUACUACUGCUCAAUUUCCUUUUCAAUUUCAUUAGACUCAGAAUUGAGACUGCAAAUUCCAAGACAUCAUUGUGCCUGAUAUUUUUCAGACUAAUAUUACAUAUUUUUCAUAAUAUUAUUUGUUCAGACUAAUAUCAAACUAGCUUGACCAUAUUUGUAUUACAGUUAAUCUUCCAUGAAACGUGUGAGUUACUGAAAAAGUGUUGAACUAUGGCUAAAUCGCAAAGAAGUAAACGUGAAAAACAAAAAGAUUUUGUUAAGAAGAAAGUCAAAGUUGGCAAGACUUUGCAGAAACCUCAGAAUGAAACCAUUACCACCUUCAAGACUCGGUCAAUCCUCAUUCUUGAACAGCUAGCAGAAAAGGAAGCUGGUUCAAAUGUCACUAAAAAGCGUUAUACUCUAUCGGAAUUGUGCUCCAGACUUGGUCAGAAGAACCCUAAUCAGAAGUUGGACGCAUGUCAGGGCAUCAAUGAACUCUUUGGGAAGUUGUCCAGUGAACAGACACGUCUGGGUCUAUCAAGCCUCAUGCCUGCCCUGUGUCCCUGCCUGCUGGACGAUGACAGCAAAGUACGGACAACAACAAUCCAGUUGUUUGAGCUGCUCAUUGACAAGGUGGGCUGCAGCAGCAUGCGGUCACACUUCACGCUGCUAGGUCGUCACGCUUCAUGCGGUCUCGUCUCCCUGCACAGCGACGUGCAAGCCUCAGCCCUGCAGCUGCUGCACGUGCUGCUCAGGAAGACGCCGCAGCUGCUGCCCCUGCACGCCCCCACCAUCCUGCCUAACCUCCUCAGGCUCCUGGGGGCCAAGACAAAGAGCGGAGUGUCUCUUCAGAAAGUCUUCACGGAGGGCAUAGGAGGUAACCUCUCAGUACCGAACCCUCUCAAAAAGCUGAACAACUCCACAAAUGAUAAGAAAGACAAGAAAGAUAAGAAAGAGAAAGCAAGUAAAGGUGAGGAGGACAUGGUUGUGAUGCCUGGCGAGAUGAGCAGCAAGCACAACAGUUUGCUGUGGCAGCUCGACGUGCUGGUGCUCGUAUCAGGACUCCUGCAGCACCACACCAGCAGGAGUGUCGACUCCAGACCCAUGGGGCGCUGGCAGAUGUUGCUGGAGAGCUGCCGGACGACCACCACAGGGGCGGGGGGCGGCAUGGGGGCGCUGGGGGACGGCGUCGCCCACACGUCCAGCGCCUCGCUGCUGUGCCACCCCACCAGGCUGAGGACUGUCUGCCUCACUGUGAUGACCAUGGUGCAGUCGCUGUGGUGCAGCUUUGUGCCUCACACCACAUCUAAACAAUCAGGUGGCGUGGUGGCGUGGUUCCAUGCCCUGACCGUGGAAGUGUUCGGUGCGCUGUUGUCCUGCCACUUCCCCUUCCACUACGCCGACCUCGCGCACGGCGGCAAGGCAAAGAACAAAUGCACGUACGAAGCUCGGCCGCAACUGUCCUGUGAUGACCUCAACAUCAACGUCGCUACAGUCGCCGUACAGUUCAGACUGUUUGAUGCGAGACACAGUCACUCCUUGGUGCAGUACAUUCAGGGUGAGUCAGAGCUGACAACACCUACACAGUCACUCCUUGGUGCAGUACAUUCAGGGUGA